UGUGGAGGGGAUAACUUUUUGGAGCUCAGCCUAGGGCUUCCUCUUUGACUCUUUGAUCACUCCUGGCUUACAAUCUCUCUGUCUUUCCCUGAAGAAAGACAGAUACUUAAGAGAGUUCAUUUAUCCUGAGGAAUUGAGGUAAGUUGAUGUCGGGUCUUUUGUUAAUGGCUACUGCUACUAAAAUGUUAAAAUCAGGGAGUAAACAUAAUGAAGCAGAAUCCAUAUCAUGGCACACUAUCCAGUGAGUGUGUGUCUCACAGUGCACAAAGCCUCAACUGCUGUCAUAGUUACUCAUGAUGUAUAGCUUCAUGGGAGGGGGGCUGUUUUGUGCCAUUGUGGGCAAUAUCCUGUUGGUGGUCUCCACAGCCACAGACUAUUGGAUGCAGUACCGUCUGUCUGGCAGCUUUGCCCAUCAGGGCUUGUGGAGGCAGUGCAUGUCUGGCAAGUGCUACAUGCACACUGACAGCACUGCCUACUGGAAUACCACAUGUGCUUUUAUGAUCCUCUCUGCCAUGUCAUGCUUUGCUGGCAUCAUCGCAGGAAUCCUUUCCUUUGCCAACUUCUCAACUUUUGAGAGGUUCAACCGCUCAUUCGCUGCAGGGAUCAUGUUUUUUGUUUCAAUGCUAUUUGUUCUGCUUGCAAUGGCCAUUUACACUGGGGUGACGGUGAACUUUCUGGGCAAGCGUUUUGGUGACUGGCGCUUCUCUUGGUCCUACAUACUAGGCUGGGUGGCACUGCUCAUGAACUUCUUUGCAGGUAUAUUCUACAUCUGUGCCUACAGAACGCAUGAGUGCAGAAGAGUGGCCGGCCCACGCUAAAGGAAAUAAUGUGUCAACGGUGCAAAAGAUGUCUUCCCAUUAAAAAAUUUGGAACUUGCUGUAAAAUAAUAAAUUUGGAAUUUUGCAUAUGCAUAAAAAGUGUUUUGAGGUUUUGUCAUAAAAUGGUCUACAGUAAAAUGAGCACAGUCACAUUAUAUCAUAUGUUAAGGGUCUGACACAUGGCUUUAUAAAUAUAAAGAAUGAUGAAAUGGGCAUGGAUCAGGUA